CAAAACCGCCAUGGAAAUAUGGCAAGGUCUUGGGAAGUUAUGUGAACGAUCAGAGGAUCUAUGAAAGCAGAAGAUCGAAGUUCUUCUUGAGAAGUUCAAGAACUUCAGAAUGCUUCCCAGGGAAUCAUUUGACUUCUUGGAUGAAAGAUUCCACAAGAUCUUGAAUGAUCCUGCAUCACUUAACCACAUUCUUUCUCGAAAAGAAAAGAACGAAGCUUGGACACUGGAAGUCAGCACGUUCGACCCCAAGGUGGAGAUGUACGGAGAAGGAGAAAGGAACGAGAAGAAGAAUAAGAAGGCAAUGGUGGCAGCUGAGAUUCCCUAUGACGGUCCAAGAGUCAUCUUUGGAGGAAGCAAUGAUUUCGGCCUCAUAAAGGGGCUGGGAAAUCUGGUCUACAAGGGCCUAACCAUUCAGGCAGUUUCUUAUGUAGAAGGUCUCAAUUAUAACCUUCUAAGCAUAAGUCAAUUCUGCGACAAAGGUUAUUCAUUAGUGUUCUGCAAGGACAUAUCCCUCAAAAGCAUCUCCACAAAUGAAGUGAUUCUGACCGGGAAGAGAAUCAGAAACAUCUAUGAAGUAAUGUGGGAGAAUUUCAAGGAAGCUUGCCCAAUCAGCAAAAGUGGUACUAACAAGGGGUUGAGUUAUCUGAACUUCAAAACUCUCAACAAAUUUUCCAAAGAAGGGUUAGUAGAAGGACUUCCAAAAGCUGUCUACAAGAAGGAAAGCAUCUGUGAUGCUUGUCAAAAAGGAAAGCAAGUCAAGUCAAGCUUCAAGGCAAAGCCAGCUCACUCAACUACAAGGAUACUGAGUCUCAUUCACAUGGACUUGUUUGGCCCUGUCACGCCAAUAAGUCUACGUGGAAAUAAAUAUGUUUUAGUAGUAGUUGAUGAUUAUUCAAGACUAAGUGUGGGACACGUGGCAUCAUACGCACCAACUCUGAUAAGGGUCGCGUGGGCGCGUGGCUUUGGAAACGGAAUUGAUGUGGAGCGACUCUCUCCGAGACUUCUAAACUGGAGUGAAAUUCGGAUUUCCGGAGAAGCUCCCUCUUCCCAAGUGAAGAAAGGUCAUCUGAAGAAUGAUUACAAACUCCUGCUGGACAUGAUCACCAGCUGUUUGGAAUAUGGCAGUGGAGGUCACGUUGAUGGCAUUACUCAAGAAAGGGCAUUUCUACUUAAUGCCUUCCUCAACAAAACCCAAGUAAAUUGGGCGAAGCAUUUCUUCAACUCAAUUUCAAAGCAUGUGGGCCAACCACGACAGAAAUUUCUCUGUCAAGGACUCUACAUAGGUUAUAUGUUAGAGUUCCUACAAGUGGCUAAGUCUCAUAAAGAUUACCAAGAAAGGUCUUGGAUGUUUUAUAUGGGAAGCAAGGGAGAAAGCAAAUCUUGCUCAGCCCAUGAAGAAGCUGCCUCUUCAAAUGAGGUUCUAACAACUGCCCUCAAGAAGAUCUCGAAGAAGAAGCAGAAGACCUCUAACUCUUCUGAAUCUGAAGAUGCUGAAGAACCGGAGGACCUACAGCAAGUCCAAAUCCAGGAAAAUCUCUUAGUUCAAGAAGAGCUUGAUGAAUAGCUUCAUGAACAGUUAGAUGAACAAAGAUCUUCAUCCCUUUCAUCACAGUCAGAUUUUGAUGCAAAGAUUGUUAGAAAAAUGUCCCAACGCUAGAGGGGGGUGAAUAGCGUUUGAAACGAAAAACGACGCACGAAUAAAAAUUAAAAGCGUAAAGUAAAG